GAAAAUGAUUCGCAGUGCGGGUAAGAAAGUUAGGGGAGGUAGGGAGGGUACCAUUCCCCAUCGCAGGAAAGGGGGGGAUCAUUAUUUCUCCACUGAAAUCAUUAUCAUCGACCGCCGUAUAUAUGCAUUUGAGGCUACACCUACCGUCUGACGCGAUUCUGGACCCAACGGGAAGUAUCGAUCGUCGGGAGAAAGUGAAGAGCCGUUGAUUGACUCGCCCCCUUUCCCUUUGGAUGACGUUUGAAUCAGGCAUAUAUAUAGACCUAGAAGGUCGCAUCAAGAAAUGUCGAAGUUAGCUUUCAUCCUCAUUGCAGCUUCAGCCCCUCUCGCUUAAACCAGACUCUCGCUAUACCUUCGUUAGAAUUAAUCAACUAUCAUUUUCAAGAUGAAGCUGUUCUCAGGUGCAUCGCUUGUCGGCCUUCUCGCCACUGCUGGUUUUACCAAUGCAAAGGGAACCCAAGCACCAUUUUCCAUCUCCAAGUUCUCUGCAGGAGCUACUCCGCACUCAUCGAUUGGAUACGUCGAACUCACUUGGUCGUACUCUAGCGGCCAGAACUCGACGGCAUGCUCAGCAAGGCCGGGAACCUAUCAAGUCUUCCCUUCCGUCGAGAAGACUGCGUGCAGCGACCCGUUAACAUUCUUCAACUUGACUAAGCGCUCAGACGGCGGAGCAGACCUUGAGCUUUGGUAUCAGGAGGCAUUUGCCAUCCACACCAUCUCGGCGGAUCAGAUCGUAUGGACAAACCAGCAGUCACCGACCGGGACCGUGCAAGUCUACUCAGGCCCCCAGAACUUCACCGUAAAGGCGAAUUACCCAGACAACUAGGCGCUAAAUGUAUUGAAGGCGUUGUUCAGCGCGUUGGUCAUUGUUGCAGUGUUAGCCUGUAUAUAACAUUCGAGACGCAGGACCG